CGGGGGGCGGGGCCGGAGGAGCUCCCUGGUGGCUGCUGCUGCCGAUGCCGCCGCCCGCCGGCCGCGCACACCCCCGACACACACUCGGGCGGCAGAGCCAAUCGGCGGCCGGCCUGCGCGCCACACACGCCGUCACUUAAGCAGCCUCCACGCCGCGGGCCCGGCUAGAGGCACAGCGGAGUCCGACCAGCAGCGCGCGGCCGGCCGGGUGGACGGACAGACCGGCAGAAGCGCGCCGGGCAGGCUCGACGGCACCACCAGGAGGGCCCCUCCGAGCCCCGAGGAGCGAGGCGGCGGCGGCGGCGGCGGCGGCAGCAGCGUGGCCGGCGGAGGCGCGCAGCCAGCGGCGGGUCCCCCCUUGGAGAGCCGGGGCGCACGGCGAGGGGCGCACGGCGCGGCGCCAUGGAGUCCGGCGGAGGCGGCAAGCAGAUGACGGCCCGGCUGAUGCUGGCGGUCGGGGGAGCAGUGCUGGGAUCUUUGCAGUUUGGUUACAACACCGGCGUCAUCAAUGCGCCACAAAAGGUGAUUGAAAGCUUUUAUAACGAGACGUGGUUUGACCGUUACAAUGAAUACAUCAGCCGCGGGACCCUCACCACGUUAUGGUCCCUCUCCGUGUCCAUCUUCUCUGUUGGCGGGAUGAUCGGAUCGUUCUCCGUUGGGCUGUUCGUUAACCGCUUUGGAAGGCGGAACUCCAUGCUGAUGUCCAACAGCCUGGCUUUCCUGGCCUCUGUGCUGAUGGGUUUCUCCAAGAUGGCCGGCUCCUUCGAGAUGCUCGUCCUCGGCCGCUUCGUCAUCGGGGUGUAUUCUGGCCUCACCACGGGCUUUGUGCCCAUGUACGUGGGGGAGGUGUCGCCCACGGCUCUUCGUGGGGCUCUGGGGACCCUUCACCAGCUGGGAAUUGUCUUGGGCAUCCUUAUCGCCCAGGUGUUUGGCAUGGACUUGAUCAUGGGGAGCGAGAGCCUUUGGCCGCUGCUGCUGGGUUUCAUUUUCGUCCCGGCCCUGGCGCAGUGCAUACUGCUGCCCUUCGCUCCGGAGAGCCCUCGCUUCCUCCUCAUCAACCGCAACGAGGAGAACAAAGCCAAGAGUGUUCUCAAGAAGCUCCGGGGGACAACCGACGUCAGCAGCGACCUCCAGGAGAUGAAGGAGGAGAGCCGGCAGAUGAUGCGGGAGAAGAAAGUGACCAUCUUGGAGCUCUUCCGCUCGCCCAUGUACCGCCAGCCCAUCAUCAUCGCGAUGGUCCUGCAGCUUUCGCAGCAGCUUUCGGGGAUCAACGCGGUAUUCUACUAUUCGACAAGCAUCUUUGAGAAAUCUGGGGUGCAGCAACCUGUCUAUGCCACCAUUGGGUCAGGGGUUGUCAACACGGCUUUCACCGUUGUCUCCUUGUUUGUAGUGGAGCGGGCCGGACGGAGGACUCUGCACCUCGUUGGCCUGGCCGGAAUGUCUGGCUGUGCUGUCCUCAUGACAAUUGCCCUGGUAUUUCUGGAGCAAAUGGCCUGGAUGUCUUACCUUAGCAUCAUUGCCAUCUUCGGCUUCGUGGCCUUCUUUGAGAUUGGCCCCGGGCCCAUCCCCUGGUUCAUCGUGGCGGAACUCUUCAGCCAAGGCCCUCGCCCUGCUGCCUUCGCCGUCGCCGGGCUGUCCAACUGGACCUCCAACUUCAUCGUGGGGAUGGGCUUCCAAUACGUCGAGGAGCUCUGUGGCCCUUACGUCUUCAUCAUCUUCACGGUCCUGCUCAUCAUCUUCUUCGUCUUCACCUACUUCAAGGUGCCGGAGACGAAAGGCCGCACCUUCGACGAGAUCGCCUCCGGGUUCCGGCAGGGAGGGGCCGCCCAGGGCGAGAACAAGACGCCGGACGAGUUUCACAGCCUGGGCGCCGACUCCCAGGUGUAAGAGGCCAGUUGCUCCUUUGCUUCAACUCCUUUCCUGCCUGCUCUUGACGCUUCAGAAGCCAGGUCCAAGGUGAAGGAGCCCCCCCCCCACCCCGGUCCCUAUCUCUGGGGCUGCCCCCCUGGUUUCGGGGUGAUGAACUGACACCCAUCUGCUAGGAACGGCUAGAUGGUUCCACGUCCAGGAUUUCAAGGCUGACAUCAUUUGAAGGCAACGGCGAACGUCCAAGGCAAGCCUCUUCUUCUGGGAGGGAGCGCUUCUAUCCCCGUGCACACGCCCCCCUCCCCCUUUUUAAAAAGGUAGGAAGAUCCUACCAGGUUUGCGACACUGAACGCAAAACCUUUUAAUCGUGUAAACAAAGAGAACGGUUUUUUUAGACCAGGUCUCUCAUUUGAAUUAAUUCCGAGAGAGACUUUUUAAAGAGCCCAAAUUUCGAAGGGGUGAGGGAGUAGGGGGAAUUGGAUGGUUUUAGACAGUUUGUCUGUGGGCUCUGCAGAAGGCCUCUCUUUAAGAUGCUCACUGUCCUUGCAAGGAGAUGGUCAAAGAAGAAGUGCAGACGGAUCCAGCUUUGGGCAAGAUCGCGGGUUCAUUUCCCCCCCGUAAUGCUGUUCACUAGAUAGAUCAUCGUGGUAGAUCACGCGGUAGAUCUCUUAUAAAGAGAUCACGAUGGUCAGCCGGAACUCAAAAGCUCACGCUCUCGAAAACUCCGGCGCCAACCGAAGGGCAGCAAACCUUCCCUUUUGCAUCACCCUUUGCACCUGUCAGUUCUCCUUCUCCAGCAUGGGUGGGGCGAGGCGCUCUCUAAAAUGCUGCCAAGAUAUAUCACCACAGGGAGGGGAGCUCGUUUGGGAAGGGAGAAGCCUCUCGUUUUUGGAUGCUUUAGUACUGCAGGAACCACGGCAGCGGCUGGUCGGAACGGAGACUCCAACGGCCAUCUUGCAGCCGCUGGUUCCCUCCCUCAAAAACGCAGGCUGCAGGGGAGUGCCUAAGCCCUAACGGGGAUUGUUUCAUCAGAUAAGCAUUGCUUGGAUAUGGAGGAUUUGCCACCCCAGGCUUGCUUCCUUUCUCUGAUGGAGCCUUCCAGAAAAGCAGAGGCAAUUCCUGGCACAUCGUUCGGUCCCAAUUCACUCCCUCCCGUUAGAGCCCUGCUGAAUCCAGCACCCUGUUUCCCAGAGAGGCCAGCCAGAUACUUCUAGCAAGCCCACAAGCAAGGGAUGAAGGCAAUAGCAGCUCCCUGCUGUGCCCCCCCCUCCCCAGUUUCUGCAAACCAGGAAUAUCCACUGAAUAUCCCUCAUUCUCCAUGACUCCCCCAAGCUCUCCUUUAAAGCCCUCAAAAGCAGUGACCAUAUCUGCAUCUUGUGGCAGGGAGUUCUGCAAGCCAAUUAUGCAUUUUGGGGGAGAAUUCCUCCAAGGGAAAGGAGGCGGGCUAGAGAGCAAUAUGCCCCACACCUCACAUAUCAACGGUUUCCCCGAGAGUCUCCCCGAUUCCCCAUCACACAAAAGGUCCCAUAAAGACACAGUUCUAUUGUGUCUGCCCCAAGGGCCUCUGGAAAACCUCUUCUCCUUGCCCUUAACAUCCUGGACUCACUGAACCAAAUAAAAUCAGUGACAAUGGCUGCAUACAUUUCCUGCUUACUGUGUAUAGACUGGAAAAUAUUUAUAUUAUAUAUAUAUAUAUAUGUAUCUAUUAUUUUUUUGGUUCCACCAUGUUAAUAGUACACUAAGUUAUAGUGUGGUUUCGGACGGACAAGCAACUUUCUGUAAAUAUUCUUGAACUAUAUUCACUGUCUGAUUUUUUUAAAAAAAGGAUCUAGUUUCUAUAGCGACUGUAAGGAUGCAAGACUUUUACAUGACUACGAUAACCUCUAUUUUGUAUCGCUCACCUGCACUGUAGUGGCAAUUGUUGCACUGAAAUUGUAGUUUGUUCUUAGGAUAUUUGACCAACCAGCCCAAGUCAGCCCCUAAACGACCCCGGCACCCCUGAGCAUGUGUUUGUAGAAGUUCCAGCCAGACACAAACAGCUAUUUAAUGGCCUGGGUUUGUUUUUUUAAUUUAUUGGUCUGUUUAUAAAGUGACAAUGCAACCUCUCUUGAAGAAGAAGAAAGAGAGAGAGAGAGAGAGACCCUAUGUUUUUAGGAAUAAUAAUAAAAAAUUAACGUUCAUACGAAAAAUUAUCUUUCAUAUGCUGUGAAUGGUGUGAUGUCAGACGACAGAAGAACACAGGGAGGAGAUGCUUGUAUGGACAGAAUAAACGAAACGAGGGCUUAGGAACCUUG